UGCCCCAUCGUUGGUGUCAGUAGGGGGAGGAAUAGUGCCCCAUCGUUGGUGUCAGUGAGGGGAGGAAUAGUGCCCCCAUCAUUGGUGUCAGUGAGGGGAGGAAUAGUGCCCCAUCGUUGGUGUCAGUUGGGGGGAGGAAUAGUGCCCCAUCGU